UUUAAAAUCUGCAAUAUGAGCAUAACUCCAUCCGUCUCCCUGGAAAGCCCUCUGACCGCCACCUUCGGACCUGCUAACUCUUAUCACAACGGUCCACUGGUGAUGUCCAGUUACACAAGUUGCCUGUGGUCCCAUGACUCCCAACCUCAGUUCUGGAGCAAGUACCAGGUGUGGGAGUGGCUGCAGCAGGUCAUGGAUAUCCACCAGAUUGAUGCCUCCAACAUUCCCUUCCGAAACUUUGACAUGGACGGCCAUCAGCUUUGCAGCCUGAACUACCAUGACUUUAUCCGUGCUGCUGGCAGUGUGGGACACAUUCUUUACAACAGCAUCACAGAGCUAAAAUCGGGUGGCCAGUACCAUGUGGAUAUCGGGCAGCUGGAGAUCAAACAUGAAAAUGUCAGCUAUCCACCCGGAGAAGUCUAUGACCCUUUGGUUCACUCACAUGCUCCCAAUGUCUCUCCCACCCCUUCAAGUCCUGACAUUAAACGGUCCUUUAGUCGAAGUCAUCAGGUCAAAAAACACAACCCGAGAGGAACCCACUUGUGGGAGUUCAUCAGAGACAUUCUUCUGAACCCAGAGAGAAACCCUGGGCUGAUCAAGUGGGAAGAUCGAACAGAGGGGGUUUUCCGUUUCCUGAAGUCUGAGGCUGUGGCUCAGCUAUGGGGAAAGAAGAAGAAUAACAGUAGCAUGACCUAUGAGAAACUAAGUCGUGCAAUGAGAUAUUAUUACAAGAGAGAAAUUUUAGAGCGAGUGGAUGGGCGCAGACUGGUUUACAAGUUUGGAAGGAAUGCAAGAGGAUGGAGGGAGACAGAGAAGUGACAAUUUCAUUAAUUUAUUUUUUUUCAUGCCUUAUGUGCAAAAUUGUAACAUUUGAACGUGGUUUUCAGUUGACUUUUUAAAAUAUAGGUGUGUUUAAGUUGUUUACAAGUGUUUUCUAUUUUUAUUUUCUAUUUCUUUUUAUGUUUCCCUUUGUAUUGACACUGCACUGAGAUCCUUUUUGAGCUGCGCCAGUGAGACCUCAAAAGUUGUGUUUACAUAAUAUUUUGCAGAUGAAAAGCUAAGCGAAAGCACUAAAAAAUGAAUAAUAAACACAAUGAAGCUUGUGUGUGUUUUUGUUUUGUUGUUGAUGAAAUGCAUUUUUGAAAAUGUAAGUUCCAAAGGAACACAUGUUUGAUGUAGCUGUUUAAGCAUGUGUGGACAAAUUUGUGUUACGUGUUUUGACACUGAUACUGUGAAAUGUUCUUUGGGAAGCACGCAUGCUCAUUCACUUAAGUUAAAAUUAAAUGAAAUUAAAUUUAAAAAGAUCCCAUAGGCACAGUGCAAGAAACGCAUACAAGUAAAAUAUUAAUAUUCACUGGAAUUUUGAAGCUUACUUUGUCUUAUUACAUGCUUUGCUUUUAUAAAAUUGUAAAGAAAGUGUAUGUGCUUUUAGAUGUUUGAUACAAAUAAAGUUUGUAAUUGUUUUACUUUCAUC